GAUUGUUUUAUGUCUAUUCCUCUUUUAUAUUAUCCUCUAUCAACCCAAAAUCAACGUGUAGAAAGUUUUGAAAUUUUAUCAAACGAAGAACAAUCUAAAAUUUAUACAACUGAUACUCUGCCAAGUGCUUCAGAGAUGGAUGAAUUAAUUUGGUCAGCCUACCGUCAAAUAUUUAGUGAACAUCAAAUUUUAAAGUUCACAAGACAAAGAUUUCUAGAAUCUCAAUUACGUUUCAAUCAAAUUAAAGUAAGAGAAUUUAUUAGAGGGUUGGCUACAUCAGAUUCGUUUAGAAAAUUAAAUUAUGACGUAAAUAAUAAUUAUCGUUUUGUUGAAUUAUGUGUUCAGAGAAUUCUUGGACGAGAUAUAUAUAAUGAAAAAGAAAAAAUCGCUUGGUCAAUUGUUAUAUGUAAUAAAGGUAUAAUAGGUUUUAUUGAUUGCUUAGUUAAUAGUCAAGAAUAUCUAGAAAAUUUCGGUGAUAAUAUAGUUCCUUAUCAAAGAAGAAGAAUAAUUUUUCAACGUGUUAAUGGGGAAACUCCAUUUAAUCUAAAAACUCCAAGAUACGGAAUGGAAUUCAGAGAUAAAUUAGUUAAACCUCAAUUUAUUUGGCAAGGAGCUAUCCGCAGAUUUCGUCCUCAAGAACAAAGACCUAGAGCAGGAGAUCCUGUUUUAUUUUUAAAUAUGGUUUAUGAUUUAAAUAUUACUCCUAAAUUUAAUAGAUAUCCUGGACUAGUCACUCGCUAAUAUUAAUAUUUUUAUUUAGAUGCCUUUAAGUUGGGAAGCUAAAAAAAGAACAAAGUAAAUAUUUACUUUGUUCUUUUUUUAGCUUCCCAACUUAAAGGCAUCUAAAUAAAAACCGUAAAUUAAUC